AUGCAUUCGGUCUCUCGGUUCCCAUUGCAUUUCAAACUCCGUUUUGAUGUUAUUACUAUUGUAACGGUUAUUUUAAUCCGUUCCUCUUCGUACUCCUUUUCCGUCUCUCCUCCGUCCCAACAGGAAUCCACCUUCCGCUACUAUCGCCAUCGCCAUCAUCAGCGCUCUCCUCGACACCUCCAGAUGCACUGGAGCCUGUACAUACUUUCUCUGGCCGGCCGAACGGCCUUUGUCCAUAACCGUCUUUUCUCUUACAUUAAACAAGGUUAUCUCCGCAAUUCGUCUUUCUCUCUUGUUAUCUCAUUGUCUCGAUGA